AUGGCCAACCGUCGUUGGACAAUCAUUGUCAACCGUUCGCUUCUCUUCCGUCCUCUCUUUCUCUCCUCCGUGUUUUGGAUCGGACUUGAGAGAGAAUCAGGCGGCUCCUCGGUUUCGGAUUCCUCGAGCCUCCUCAGUCGGUGGAGAAAAGGUUGUUUAAUUCAUAUUCGAGCUUUUGGUGGAGCUCAUAGAAGAAACACUGUGGUUGAAGAAGAAGAUAAGGACCUUCUCAUUUCAAGGGUUUUGUUUGUGAUUUCUGAGAUAUGGAAGGAAGUAAAACUUAAAACAAGAAGACAAGACAGAGUUGGGAUAAACAAUCCUGCCCAUCUGGCCGUUGUGCUUCAUGAUCAUGCGGCUCUUAGGCGAAUCGUCAUGGAGCUUCCCCAGUUAGCCAAGGCUGGUGAGGUUACCAACGAGGCAGAGUCUCUGCAAGCCGAGGCUCGCGCUGAUGCCGUCACGGCCGUCAUUGAUCGCCGAGAUGUCCCUGGCCGCGAAACGCCUCUCCAUCUUGCUGUUCGUCUGCGAGAUCCAGUCUCUGCUGAGAUUCUCAUGUCUGCUGGAGCAGACUGGAGCCUGCAGAACGAGAAUGGUUGGAGUGCACUGCAAGAAGCGGUCUGCACUAAAGAGGAGGCCAUCGCUAUGAUAAUCGCACGGCACUAUCAGCCUCUUGCUUGGGCUAAAUGGUGCCGGAGACUUCCAAGGAUCACUGCUUCAGCGUCUCGUAUCCGUGAUUUCUACAUGGAGAUAACCUUUAAUUUCGAGAGCUCGGUGAUUCCUUUCAUUGGCCGUAUUGCUCCUUCGGACACCUACAGGAUAUGGAAGCGCGGUUCGAACCUCCGUGCUGACAUGACCCUUGCCGGUUUCGAUGGUUUCCGCAUCCAAAGAUCAGACCAGACGUUUCUGUUUCUAGGAGAAGGUUACACAUCGGAAGAUGGGAAAGUGUCACUGUCUCCUGGUUCAUUGAUUGUUCUUUCUCACAAGGAAAAAGAAGUAACGAACGCUUUGGAGGGGGCGGGAACACAACCGACGGAAACCGAAGUUGCUCAUGAAGUGGCACAGAUGUCUCAGACUAACAUGUAUAGGCCUGGCAUUGAUGUCACGCAGGCUGAUUUAGUUCCUCAGCUGAACUGGAGACGGCAAGAGAGGACAGAGACGGUCGGGAGCUGGAAAGCCAAAGUGUAUGACAUGAUGCAUGUGAUGGUGAGCGUGAAAUCAAGAAGAGUUCCAGGAGCAAUGACUGAUGAGGAGCUGUUUGCUGUUGAUGAAGAGAAGAUGGCGAAUGGUGCUGGGAAUGAUGGCUUUGAAGAUGUAUUAACCUCUGAGGAAAGAAAGCAACUAGAUACUGCACUACGCAUGGAGAAUUCCGAUGCUGUUGAAGAUGAAGAGAAAGACGUUCAUGAUCACCAGGAAAAUGGUUCAGGAGGAGAAGCCAACGGUGCUCCUCUCAAGGAGAAGAAAGGCUGGUUUGGCUGGAAUAAGAAAGGCUCAAAACAAGGUCAUGAUGGUACUGAAGACACUACGACGAAGCCCAAGAAAGGCUCGAAGUUGGCACCAGAGGAGGGUAACCAGAAAGAGAAAGGGAAAAGCCAAAGAUCGUCGUCACUAUCUGAUAAUAAUAAUAACAAGGAUGAUCUUGGAGAUGGUAAGAAGGCAAAGGACAAGGUUGGUGUCAAGAAGAAAAAGAAUGAGAGCGAAUACAAGAAAGGGUUGAGACCUGUGUUGUGGCUAACACCUGAUUUCCCUCUUAAGACAGAGGAGCUUCUUCCGCUUCUCGACAUAUUAGCCAAUAAGGUCAAAGCCGUGAGGAGACUCAGAGAGCUACUUACCACAAAACUUCCCGCAGGAACAUUCCCGGUCAAGCUUGCGAUCCCCAUUAUCCCAACGGUCCGUGUUCUCGUCACGUUUACUAAAUUUGAGGAGCUCCAACCAUCUGAGGAAUUCUCAACGCCUCCUUCUAGCCCGGUCUUUCACGACGCAAAGUCAUCAGAGAGUUCGUCAUCAGCCUCAUGGGUGUCGUGGAUGAAAGGUGCUCGUGGUGCUGGCCAAUCACUUGACGGCGACAGUAACCGGUACAAGGACACUGAAGUUGACCCUUUCCUCAUACCGUCGGAUUACACAUGGGUCGACUCAGCUGAGAAGAAACGCAGAUUGAAAGCCAAGAAAGCUAGAAUCAGGAAGAACAGGAAACACGGUGCUCCUAAACCGGGUAGCUCGGCUUCCCGUUCCAAUCAAGAACCGGAAGAACAAUCGCUAUCCUGA